AUGUCUCCUCAGUUCUCCUUCACGUCGAACGUGCCGGUGUCGCGCACGCCGCAGCAGCACAUCGACACGAUACUGAAGAAGAAAGUGAACUCGCUGAACAUGAGGGGCGAGGACCCUCGGAACUACGUGCUGAAGGUGUGCGGCCGCGAGGAGUACCUCUUCGGCAAGGAGCCCCUCAUCCAGUUCCUCUACAUCCAGGAGAUGCUGGCGAGGGACGGAGUGCCGCAGGUCAUGACCGUCAGCAUGGACAAGUUGACGCUCGGCUGCGAUAUCCCAGUCGAGAGGAGACUACCGCCGGUCGACUACUCGAACACGAUACGCAAGAAGAAAAACAACCACGUGUCCUCGUGGACCAUAGACAAGAACUACACUUGUAUGGUGCAGAGUGUGGGCGGGCUGAACGUGGAUCCAGGCCGUUUAGUAGAGGUGGUAUGCCAGGCGGGCAUCUUCCACGGAGGCAAGGCUCUGUGCGAAGCGCAGAAGACCAGGGUGGCGCCUGUCUCGAAGGAGGGCGUCGCCCAUUGGGAUGAGGAGCUGACCUUCCCCAUCAAGGUGCACAACAUGCCGCGGAUGGCGCGCCUCUGCUUCGUUAUCUAUGAGCUUUCCAAAGCCAAGGGCAAGCGGCGAGGCAAGGACUCUAAGGACUCGAUCAACAAGCUGGCGUGGGCGAAUACGAUGAUCUUCGACUACAAGGAACAGCUAAGGACGGACGGGCUGACGCUGUUCAUGUGGACGCACGUGGCCGACGAGACCCAGGGUGACGACUGGCUGCUGCAUCCCCUGGGCACGGUGGUCUCCAACCCCAACACGGACUCCUGCGCCGCCCUGCAAGUGCGCUUCGCCAACUUCGACUGUCAAUUUCCCAUAUUGUUCCCGAAACAAGAGGCCGUGAAGGCGUACGCGGACGAUAUUGAACUAGGCUCGCCCGACGUCAUCGCUCGUUUGAGCCGCGAUUUCGAACAGCUGCGAGCCACCGCCGAAAAGGACCCCAUGUACGAGAUGCACGAACAGGAGAAGAAGGACAUUUGGGCUUCCAGGGAGUACUUCCGCGCGGAGGCGCCCGAGCUGCUGCCGAAGCUGCUCUCGUGCGUGGAGUGGGGCGAGCGCGCCGAGGCGGCCAGCGUGGCGCGCAUGGUCGCCGGCUGGCCGAUGCUGCGCGUCGAGAGCGCGCUCGAGCUGCUCGACUACGCGUACGCCGACGCGGCGGUGCGCAGCUUCGCCGUCAAGUGCCUCGCCGAGAUCAGAGAUGAAAAUCUUCUGCUUUACCUGCUGCAACUGGUGCAGGCUUUGAAACACGAAUCGUACCUGAUGUGUGAUCUUUCGGUGUUCCUGCUCCAGCGGGCCUACAGUAACAUGACCAUCGGCCAUUUCCUAUUUUGGCAUUUGAGGUCAGAGAUGCACGUACCUGCGGUGUCGGUCCGCUUUGGUCUGAUGCUGGAGGCGUAUUGCCGUGGCUGCCAGGACCACAUAAACACGCUCAUGCGCCAGAUCACCUGCCUCGACAAGCUCAAGUGGGCGAGCCAAUGCGUCCGUAAAAAGAAGGAGAUCUCGAAAGCCAGGGCGGCUUUACACCAGCACCUACAGGAGCAGCACUGCAUCGAGACACUAUGCGAUUUUGUAUCGCCACUCACGCCGAGCCUACUUUGCAAGAAAAUUAAACCGGAGCGAUGUAGAGUAAUGGACAGCAAAAUGCGGCCUCUGAUGUUGGAGUUUGAAAACGUGGACCCCACCGGCUCGGACAUCCGGAUCAUUUUGAAGAUCGGCGACGAUCUACGACAGGACAUGUUCACGCUGCAAAUGCUGAGGAUUAUGGAUCGUCUGUGGAAGAACGCCGGAUACGAUUUUAGGUUGAACCCGUACAACUGCAUCUCGAUGGAGUACGCGGUGGGGAUGAUCGAGGUGGUGGACGACGCGGAGACGGUGGCCAACAUCCAGAAGCAGAGCGCGCUCUUCAACGCCGCCUCCACCAUCUCCAAGGCCAACCUCUUCCAGUGGCUGAGGAAGCAGAACCCCACGGAGGGGGGCUUCAACAAGGCGGUGGAGGAGUUCACGAUGAGCUGCGCUGGCUACUGCGUGGCCACCUACGUGCUGGGCAUCGCAGACCGCCAUCCGGACAACAUCAUGGUCAAGAAGUGCGGACAGCUGUUCCACAUUGACUUCGGCCACUUCCUCGGGCACUUCAAGCAGAAGUACGGCUUUAAGCGGGAACGGGUGCCGUUCGUGCUGACGCACGACUUCAUCCACGUGAUCAACAAGGGCCAGCGCGGCUCCGGGGUCAACGAGGUGCUGGACUUCAAGAUAUUCAAGGAGCACUGCGAGACGGCUUUCAAAAUCCUCCGGAAGCACGGCCACCUGAUCCUGUCACUGUUCUCGAUGAUGAUCUCGACCGGCUUGCCCGAGCUCAGGUCUGAGAAGGACCUUCAGUACCUCAGGGAAACUUUAGUGAUGGACCUCUCCGAGGAGAAGGCGCUGGAGCACUUCCGCGUGAAGUUCAUCGAGGCGGUGAAGAACUCGUGGAAGGCGUCCGUCAACUGGGCGAUACACAACAUCGACAAGAACAAC